AUGGUGACCCGAAAGCCCGUCUCCGGCGACGAGAGCUACGUCGACACCAACGCCGCCCCCCGCGUACAAGACAUGCGAAAGGAGCUAUGGAGUGCCACCGACUCUCCGUCCACCGAUGCAGACGAUGUCUACGACCAUGAUCUCCAGCAAAAUGGCGCCGCCGCCCCGAACCAGCAAAUAAUACCCCAAGAUGUCCCUGAGUCGCUGAGGCCGGGCGGGGCUGCGGCACAUGGCCCCAAGAUCAGCAAUGGUCUUAGGGACGACGUCCAAGGCAGCCGAUCCCCGACUGCCGCCGACCCAGACAAUAUCCCGCUGGUGUUACGGCCGGGUCCAUCGCCAGCACGAUCCGAUACAAACCCCUUCAAGAGGAGGGAGGCCCGAGCAGACUCCAGCUCGACACCGCCGCCCACCAACAGUCCCCCAGCGAUGCCCCCGCUGCAGCCUCUGUCGCAGAUGAGCACCGGCGAGAUGAGUAACAAUCCGUGGCAGCCAGCCCUCGACCAGCAUGCUCAACGAGCCACACCCGUUAGCGCACAGCAGUCUCCGCCCACCCGCGAUAGUGGUGACUCGGAGCGUAAUGCCGGGGCUGCUUCUCAAGGCCCCAACCUGCCCACAAUACCAACAUCUCCAGCACUGCUGUCUCUGCCCUCGGAACCCGCUUCGCCGGCGUGGGAUGACCUCCCGGAGAACCAGACAAAGAAGCCAGCAGAGGCGCCGAGGCCGGCAGAGGAUGACGUUGCCCAAGCCCAACAAGCGUGGGGUGACUCUUGCUCACAGAAAAAGGGCAAGGGAAAAGCCCCGGCCCCCGUGGAACCUCCCACUGCCGAGGACGCUCCCAUGGAUGAUUGGAACCUCAUUGAUGUGGAUCCGCCCGCUGGACCGCCGCCGGGAAGGUCGCAGGUACCCGAGCAGAACCACCAUGCCUCUGAGCACUCUGCAGGUGCAACGGUACCUCCAGCUCUACCGCCACGAAACGACGAAGGUCAACCGCCUCGGCAGCCGCCACGCCCCGUCGACAGCAAGUCCGAGACCUACCAGAUCAAAAAUAUUGCCUGGUACGACCAUAGCACCGAGAAGAACCCGCGGAUCUCACCCAUCCUCGUCCAGAAUACCAACGGGCCCUGUCCGCUGCUGGCCCUGGUCAACGCGCUUACGCUGACGACCCCGGCUUCUCUGUCAGACACGGCACUAGUUCAGGUCCUCCGCUCCCGAGAACAGAUCAGCCUCGGGUACCUUCUGGACGCCGUCGUCGACGAGCUCAUGAGGAGGACGCAAGAGUCGCUGCCGGACGUGUCUUUGCUCUAUGAAUUUCUCAAGGGGCUCCAUACGGGCAUGAACGUGAACCCGCGCUUCGUUCCGACUCCAGAGAUCGUCAAGGCCUUCAAGCGCACUUCGCUAACACACCUGCACCCGACGGAGCGCGACGACUUGAUCCCCGGGACCUUUGAAGAUACCAAUGAGAUGGCGCUGUACUCUGCCUUUGCCAUCCCGCUGAUACACGGAUGGCUGCCGUCCAAGGACGACCCGGCAUACGCCGCUUUCGAGCGCCAGGCUGCCUCGUUUGAGGACGUGCAGACGCUCCUCUUCCGGGACGAGGAGCUGCAGGAGAAGCUGGGCACGUUGACGGAGGAAGAAGAGGAGGUUUACUCUGACAUCCAGGCGAUCAAGGAGUUUUUGGAAACGUCUGCAACGCAGCUGACGCGGUCGGGUCUGGAUGUCAUUACGAAAGCCAUGAAGCCCGGGUCCUUUGCCAUCCUCUUCCGGAACGACCACUUUUCCACCCUAUAUCGGCAUCCUACGACACAUCAGUUGCUUGUGCUCGUCACCGACGCGGGCUAUGCCACGCACGACGAGGUUGUUUGGGAAUCGCUAGCUGAUGUGAAUGGCGAGCGCACCGAAUACUACUCUGGCGACUUCCGCAUCGUGGGCGGUCAGGGCGAGCAGUCGCAGGGCAGCUCGCGCGCGCAACUGGGGGUCGGCAACAACACGGCAGACGGACUCAGGGUCAAUACUGGGAAGGAAAACGGAGGAGACUGGACGUCUGUGCAGGGCCGCGGUCGUCAGAAGAAGCUCGAUGCGCCGCCGAACCCACAAGAAACACCUCUGUCACCCAACCACGAGCAGGAGGACAGGGACCUGGCGCUUGCUCUCCAGCUGCAGGAGGAAGAAGAGCAGCGGCACAGGGCGGAACAGUCUGCGCGUCGACGAGAGAGCUUGCUGAGUGAACAGUACAUUGAGCAGCAGGCGCGGUUGCAGCAAGGCCCCACGACCAGACGUUCUGCCAAUAGGCAGGCUGCACGGGCGAGCGCGGCACGCAGCACGAGCGCUUCCAACACAACAGCUUCACUCGGCAGCCGGCGCAAUUCCAACAGCAGUUCGACGGUGCCGCCAUCGUCAGGCCGUCAACCGGGUCAGCCGCCGCAGCUGGUGCGGCCACUCGUGCCGGCGAUGGCGCCCGCGCGGCGUCAAGGGGUGAACCGGCCGGCGGAUGAAGGGGUCGACGAUGCGCCUCCGACGUACGAGCAAGCACAAGCGGCAGCCAAGUACGAGCCGCCGCCCGGGCAUCCUCACCACCACGCAAGGUGGCUCCCGCCUACGCGGGAGAAUUGGGAAACCAUCACGACCGUGUGGCAGCUCUCGUGGCCGGUGUUCGGCUCACUGCAGCAUGUCAUCAGCUGGUAUGGCAUGGGCAAGACGUCGGUCCAGAGCCGCCUCAACAUCCCCGGCCGCGUCGCCUGGUUCCUAAUGGAAAUACCCGGCGUUACGACGCUGCUGUACAUCAUGAACACCCUGCCGGGCCAGGUAGGCAUUGAUGAUUUGCCGUGGCAGAACAAGGUGCUCGCUGGAUUGUUUACGAUACACUACGCCUACCGCGCCGUCCUCUUCCCCAUCAUCCAGCCCUCCAUGUCGCCCAUCCACGUCCUCGUCGCCCUCAUGGCCGUGUCCUUCCAGCUCAUGAACGCCGCCUGCCUGGGUAGCUACCUCGCCGCCUACGGCCCCACCACCCAGUCGCAGUGGGACAAGGCCCUCGGCCUCGGCGGCGUCGCCCAGUUCGUCGCCGGCAUCGCCAUCUUCUACCUCGGGCUCACCGGCAACUACCUGCACGACGAGGAGCUCCGCGAGAUCCGCCGGGCGGAGCGGCGCCGUCAGGAAAAGAUCGCCCGCGAGCAGAGGCGGGAGGGCGCUCAGGCCGUCAGCGUCGACAAGCACUACCGGAUCCCCGAGGCCAUGCUCUUUCGCUACAUGCUGUUCCCGCACUACUUUUGCGAGUGGGUCGAGUGGUUCGGCUUCUGGAUGGCGAGCGGGUGGAGCGUCCCCGCGCGCGCCUUCUUCCUGAACGAGAUCUUUGUCAUGUUCCCGCGCACGAGGAGCGGUCGCCGUUGGUACAUCGAGCAGUUUGGCGAGGAAAAGGUGAGGAGGAAGUGGACCAUCAUCCCGGGAGUGUACUGA